AUGCUAUUCAGUCAAAACUUGUCGCAGACUCGGAUACAUCGAAAGACCGGGGGCCAAAUAUUUCAUGAAAUGAUGGUCCGACACGACGUUCGCCAUAUCUUCGGUUAUCCUGGCGGCUGUAUACUUCCAGUCUUCGACGCGAUUCAUGAAUCAAAACAUUUUGAUUUCAUCCUCCCCCGACACGAACAAGGUGGCGGCCAUAUGGCUCAGGGAUACGCUCGAGUAACCGGCAAGCCUGGGGUGGUGCUAGUCACAUCUGGACCAGGUGCGACAAAUCUCAUCACACCGAUGAUGGAUGCACUGGCUGAUGGUACCCCCAUGGUUGUGUUUUGUGGGCAGGUUAGCACCACUGCAAUUGGCACGGAUGGCUUUCAAGAAGCAGACGUUCUAUCAAUGUCGCAACCCUGUACAAAAUGGAAUGUAAGCGUGCGCAAAACGGCAGAUCUACCGAAGAGGAUUGAUGAGGCCUUUGAAAUUUCUAUGAGUGGUCGACCGGGACCAGUUCUGGUAGAGCUUCCAAAAGAUGUUACUGCGGGUGUGCUCUCUACAAACCCCACCACUGUGUUGUCUGGUCGCCCCAAAGACGAUUCAAUUGCAACAAUGGCUAUAGGAGAUGCUCAGCGCCAGCAGCUUCUUCAGUCAAUUGAAACGGCUGCAAAGCUAAUCAACACGGCCAAAAGGCCUGUUCUCUAUGCUGGGCAAGGCUUACUUGCAACUUCUGAGGGACCUCAACUUUUGAAGGAGCUUGCCGACAAAUCGUCAAUACCUGUGACAACCAGCCUUCAAGGUCUAGGAGCUUUUGAUGAAAUGGACCCCAAGGCCUUGCAUAUGCUAGGUCUUCACGGCUCUGGAUAUGCAAAUAUGGCUAUCCAAAAAUCGGAUUUGAUUAUCGCACUAGGUGCAAGAUUUGACGACCGAAUGACUGGAAACAUUCCAAAAUUUGCACCGGAGGCAAGAUUAGCCGCUAACCAGGGCCGCGGCGGGAUCAUUCAUUUUGAUAUCUCCCCAAAGAAUAUAAACAAAGUGGUGGAGGCUACAGUCCCUGUUAUUGGUGAUUGUGCAGAGAGUCUCCGGCUCCUUCUACCUAGCGUCCAGCGGGUACAACGCCCUGAGUGGUUAUCACAAAUCCAGUCUUGGAAAAAACAGUAUCCCUUCCAAGCAAUCAAUCGAAGUGGUCGAGACGAUAUGAUUUUACCACAGCAUUUCAUCGAACGGCUUAGUAAAGCCGUUGAUCCCAUCAAAGAGCGCACAAUAAUUACUACUGGUGUCGGUCAACACCAAAUGUGGGCUGCUCAACAUUUUCGAUGGAGAUACCCCAGAACAAUGAUUACUUCUGGGGGACUUGGAACGAUGGGAUAUGGUCUGCCUGCAGCGAUUGGAGCAAAAGUCGCCCGUCCAGAGGCCCUUGUGAUUGACAUUGAUGGAGACGCAUCCUUCAAUAUGACAAUUAGCGAAUUGCUAACGGCGAGCCAAUUUGGAAUUGAUGUCAAAGUUGUUCUUCUGAACAAUGAAGAGCAAGGCAUGGUUACGCAUUUACAAACGAUCUAUUACAACAACCGGUUCUGUCACAGUCAAAACCUUAACCCAGAAUUUGUGGAAGCUGCUAAAGCUAUGGGUGUUCAAGCUCAGAGUUGCUCUAAGAAGGAAGACGUCGACGAUAAAUUGGAUUGGCUGCUGAAAACUCGCGGGCCCGCACUCUUAGAAGUCAAAGUUGCUCAAAAGGCGCUGUCCCUGCCAAUGGUGCCAGGGGGGCGUGGCCUUGAUGAGUUCCAAUACUACAGUUAG